GGGAGAGCGAGAGAGCAUGAGAGAGAGUUGUUCACCGUGCCUCACUGCAUUCUGAUGUGUAGAUAUGAUCAGAGCGUCGGAGGGGACAGGAGGAAGGCCGGUGCGAGUCAGACCCACACCCAGAAGCACCCUGACCAGCGUGCUGCAGUUCCUUGAGUCCCGCCCAGCCCCCCACGGAUUGAGGCCCCCGAGGACCCCCAGUCUGCAGGUGCAGCCUCCGCGUCGUCUGCUCUCCUCCCUGCUCAGUCACGGGUCACUCAGCAUGCUGGGGAAACGCAGCUACCAGCACCACAGCCGGCCAGAGGCGGAGAGGAGGGGAGCCACCGCAGCGCAAGAUAACCCAGGACACAUUGUAGGACCUGUUCUCUGA